GAUUCAUCCAAGGUUUUCCCGGUAAUCGGUUGUAGUUUCACAUGUUCAAGCGCUUUGAAAACAUUCGCAGAAUGAUUUGCUCCGAGACCAAAAACGAAACUCGACAGUGCGCAGUUAAAUUUGUCGACAAAUAUCUAAUCGUCAGGAGAAAGAGUGAGGAUCCUAUAAUUUGUUCAAGACGUGUCUUAUUUUCGCGCCAAGAUUUCGAGGAGAUUGUGUUCUCAUUUCGGAAAGAGAACCUUUAUAGAGCGUUUAAGCGGGAGGUAGAAUAGCUCUGCAAUUCAGACUUGAGAAACGGCAUUCUGAAGGUGAAAAAGGGUGUAAAGUAACUGACCAUGGCUGCGUGUGAGGUUACUGAUAUCAUCUUCGAUACAUGUGAGACAUGUGGGAUUGAGGAGGAGAAGAUGAAGAGAUGUGGCAAGUGUAGAGCCGUCCAUUACUGUAGUGCUGAGUGUCAGAAGCUGGACUGGCCUCGACAUAAGGCCUCGUGUAAGAAGUCAGUCACUCAGAGCACUAAUUACAAGGCCUGUGUGGUCUGCAAGAGGAGAGAUGCCUCGGUGAAGCCCUGUGAUGACUGCAACUGUCAGAUUGUGACGUAUUGUUCAGAGACAUGCAAGAAGCAAGAUGCCACGAAUCAUCGUUGGCAGUGCCUCAUUGUGAAGUGGUUGGUCCAGGGAGAACAGUUUGCUGAACGGAUCAAGCUGUUGAUUGGGGGUCAUGAUGUUUGUACCAUUGAUGAAAUUGUGCUACAUCACAUGAUGUCUGACAAGCCAUUUGUGGUUAUAGGAAAAAUUACACGUCACCUGAUAAUUCGGGAAAUGCUGCCACCGCCACUAGGCUUCAUCAUACCCCCACGAAUUAUACAUGGAGUAACAAUUCAGGACGGCGAGGGCAAUGAGAGAGACGUCCAUUUUGAGUUCACGAACCCGUUCCCGCACUUCCAAUUUGAGGAUGCAGAGAAGGGGAGUUAUGUCUUGUUGUUCAAUCCGCCAGUGAAGAUGCCACCAUUCCACCAGCUAAUGAUGGGGGAGGAGCCAAUAAUCGCAAUGGAGCGAGCUCAGGAUGUGAAAAUAAUGAAGGUGUAAAUUGAUUGUGACUAAAAGCGGGACACUGGCAAGGCUUUCAAUGCCAGGAGGUGAUGGUUGGACAACACAUACCAACCAAGGAACCACAGUGCUCGAAUGUUCACAUCCAUUACCUUAUAAGACACACCCUGUAUCAUUGUGUGUUAAAGUAAUUGUAGUUAGAGGUUAAGGAGACGGAUAUAUUCAGGGUGGGAUGUACCCAAGUAUGGAAAUAGGGGAGUUUGAUCCAAAUAAAGAUGUGCUGUUCAUUUUCUCUGUGAUAUAUUUUUCAAAUGAUGCAAGCAGUAUAUCAAAGUAUUUUUUUACCGAGUGUUCGUACCCUAGAUGUUCGUACCCUAGAUGUUCGUACCCUAGAUGUUCGUACCCUAGAUGUUCGUUCUGAAUCAAUUACCACUGGUCACCAGUUGCUCUUCAGUGUUUUUUUUUUCUUUUCAAAGUCUUUUUAGAUGUUGAUUUUGUUUUAGUUGUGUGAAUACCCAGGAGUAAAAAUGUAUAGCGAAGUUCGAAAAAACAAACAAACUGAGUUUGUUGUAA